AUGUCGACAAUGCUGCCUCAAAAUCUGUCUCUGCCCUUCGAUAAUAUCACAGCAACAGUCGUUGUGGCCACCGCAGUCUCUACUAUUAUACUUUACAAUGUUUAUACUAAUCCAUUGUCUCGAUUACCGGGUCCUUGGUAUACGAAAUGGACAUCAGGUGUCCUAAAGUAUAUCAUUAUCAAAGGAACGAGACCUUUGUAUGUUCACGACCUCCACUGCAAAUAUGGUAAGUCCUCAUCUAAACCGUUAUACGACUUCGGCCAUUCGUACACGUUGCUCAUCUUUGCAAGUUCGAUUGUCAGAGUUAGCCCGACUGAAGUCCACGUUUCCGACAUCGCAGCCACAAAAAAGAUCCAUAAUGUUAAGGGUUCUUUCAAAAAGUCGCCUUGGUAUAGGCUGUUCACACCUCCAACGGUCUUGAAUGUAUUCAAUACUAGCGAUAUUGAAUUUCAUCGAAAUCUUCGACGCCUUCUUUCAUCGCCUAUGUCGGAAUCAUCGCUUAAACAUGUAGAAGUUUUCAUUCGUCGGAAUAUAGAUCUUGCAGUGAGAGGCAUUACUGAGGAAAUGUCACAACGAGGUGCAGGGGAUGUUUCCAAGUGGUGGAUGUUCAUGGCGACUGAUGUGAUUGGAGAACUCAGCUUUGGCGAAUCCUUCAAGAUGCUGGAGUCUGGUAAGAAAAACCAAUAUAUUCUGGAUAUCGAAGCAAAUGGGUCUGCCGGAGGCAUUCGAGGCACCUUCCCAUUUAUGGUGAAGCUAUCCAAUGUGAUCCCACUACCUGCUCUCAAGGCGGCAGCUGCAUCUGGAGAGCGGUUACGGGAAUACGCGGAACAGUCGAUUGUGCGAUCGAAAAGAGUGGCUGCAGAGAUGGAAUCUUGUCCAAUGCUUCUUAAGAAACUUUUUCGCAGCGAUGAAAACGGGCUGUCUGAUAAGGACAUUGUAGACAACGCAAUGUUAUUCAUCGUCGCCGGCAGCGAUACGACAGCCAACACUAUGACGUACCUGACGUGGGCUGUUUGCAAACAUCCUCAAGUGAGAGAUGCAUUAGUGGAGGAGCUCCAUUCUCUUCCGCCAGACUUCACUGACCAAGAUCUCCGUGGCUUGACGUGUCUGAACAAUAUUAUCAAAGAAACUUUGCGAUUAUACGGCGCCGCGCCGUCCGCCUUGCCCCGCAUGGUGCCAGCAGAGGGCGUUGAGUUUCUUGGUCAUAGAUUGCCAGGAGGAACGACUGUAUCCACCCAGGCUUACACCUUGCAUCGCAAAUCGGAAAUUUUCCCGAACCCAGAAUCCUUCGAGCCUAGCAGAUGGACGAAUCCUUCAAAGGAAAUGAAAGAUGCUUUUAUGCCUUUCGGUGGUGGAUCACGAGUCUGCUUAGGACUGCAUCUUGCUGAGAUAGAACUUCGCCUGGCCACUGCAAUUUUCUUCCGUACACUUCCUUAUGCUAAAGUUUCUACACUUGAUGAUAUGAAUGAUGGAGAUAUGGACCCUCGUAUAUUCUUCGUAUUGUCACCAAAAGGCAAAAGGUGUUUGAUCUCCAGAGAAUGA